AUGGCCCAGGUUGGUGGAAUAGUGAUGUUGCAGCCUGAAGUAGGUGGAUCUCGAGAGAACUUUUUUGCGGGGAUUGAUAAACUAAGGUUUCGGAAGCCUGUGAUUGCUGGAGACACCUUGAUCAUGAGAAUGACUCUGAUCAAGCUGCAGAAGAGAUUUGGAAUUGCAAAGAUGGAAGGGAAAGCUUACGUUGGUGCCGACCUAGUAUGCGAAGGAGAGUUAUUGAUGGCUACUGGAUCAGAGUGA